AUGCAGGGGGAGCUAUCAUGUAUCAAAAAUGUCGUCGAAGACACCUUCCUCAAGAAACUUCUGGCUUGGCUCACGCCCCUGAACUUUUCGCAGAAACAACAGGAGAUUCUAGGCUCUGCAGAUCCGUACACUUGUCAUGUUCUCACAUCGAAGCGUUUUAAGCUGUGGCACGAGCAUGACCUCAGGUCUUUGUGGUGCUGGGGCGCUCCCGGAGCCGGCAAGUCCGUCGUUGCGGCCUCGGUGUAUGCAGAUGUGACGAAAAGAGAAGAGCUGAACACACGCGACGAAAGCUAUGUUAUCCUCGACGGACUCGACGAGGUGAGCAACCUCUCUGAGGGAGAUGCUAUGGUCAAAGCGAUCCACAACAUCGGGGCCAGUGUCAAGGUUUUCAUCACCUCACGACAUUCGGAAGACAUCACUGAGGCCAUUGAAGCAACGCAGACCUGCAAAGAGUGCCAUGAUUCGAAUGCGGAGGUAUACUGGAGCUUCCUUCUGGCUCGCCUUCAUGUGGACUCACUGGUUGAGUGCCUCACAAUGGGUGCGCUUCGACGAGCCCUGAGAGAUCUGACCGGAGACUUGGAUCAGAUGUAUACUAAGAGUCUUGAGCGCAUGGAGCAAUCCCUUCGCCCGAAGCAUUACGGAAUCCUCAAGAAACCGCUCCUCUGGAUCGCGUGGGGGCAGAGGCCGCUGAGUAUUAGCGAGCUUGGCCAUGCUCUUGCUAUAUAUCCGGGCAUUGAGGACAUUGAUGAAGAAGACAUUCUUCCCAUCCGACAGAUCGCAACAUGGAGUGCCGGACUACUAUUUGUCGACGGCGACGACUUUCUGCGCGUGAUCCACCCCACAACAAGCCGAUUCUUCGAGGGACGUAGGCAUGAGCUGUAUCCUAAGGGGGAUAGCGUCAUGGCUCACGAUUGUCUACAUUACCUCAACAUGAAGACUCUUCGAGCACCCCUUGAAGGCCCCGACAGAAGGUCUCUGUUUAUCAUUCGGCGCAACCAAUACCAACUAAUCGACUAUGCGGUACUCAACUGUUUCAAACACGUUGCAAGAAGCCGGGAGAAAGGCGAGAUCAAGCCCACAGUGGAAUUCUUACUGUCAGAUGCCCUGAAGCCCUUCAUUCAGGCGCUGCACUACGUCGACGCGGAGUGGACAGAUGACACGGACGCUUCUGCACUGCAUGUUGCAGUCUACUUCGGAAUCACGGAUGUUGUAUCUAAGCUCAUUGACGAGGGUGAGGACCCCAACGCCCGGGAUUCGUUUGGUGCCACACCACUCAUGUACGCUGCCGCUCGGGGUAGCGAUGGCUUACCUGAGUUGAAGGGCCUCCUUGAAGCCGGGGCCGAUCCCGCUCUUAUUUGCAACUUUGGAUCGACGACCCUGAUAAGAGCGGUCAAGCUCGGUGCCGUGACUCUUGUCGCGGAACUCAUGCGCCAAACCGACAUCAACAUCAAUGCAACCCCUUCAAGCAUAGCGGUUCAUUCUGCACUCAUAACAGCGACCAGAUUGAUCGACCCCUCCAUCAUCAAGAUGCUCGUGGCUCGGCAAGACAUCGACAUCAACCUGCGAAACCGCCACAAAGUGGGAGAAUGCACCCCGCUGCACGCGGCCGUGUACUGGCGGAACCUCCCAGCAGCCAAACACCUCCUCGCCCACAAGGACAUCAAAGUCGACAGCCGCGACCUGGCGCGCAAUGAGACGCCAUUCUUCUACAGCGCCCGCGUCGGACUCACGGAUUUUAUGGAGCUGCUCCUCGAUCACGGAGCCAACAUCAAUGAACAGGACAACAACAGCGGCAACGCGCUCAUGCGCGCGGUGGACUACGACGAGAGUGAGGCGGUCGAGCUAUUGGUCAAGCGCGGCAUCGACACCACGCAUCGAGAUGUUUACGGUCGGACUGCGCUGCACUCAUCAUCUUGUACUCGGUCGUGGCGCAGUAUAGAAUACCUCCUUCACGUCACGGACCUUGACGUUAACCUGCGAGGGCGCUCUGGAGAGACACCCCUACAUGACAGCGCCUGGAAGCUCGAUGCCCGGGGAGCGAGCAUCUUAGUUAACGCGGGCGCGCGGUGCGACAUCAAGAAUAGCGACGGGCAGACUCCCGUCGACAUCGUCAUGUUGAGGAACAGGCCCGACAUACUGGAUAUCCUGAGACGGGCCAAGGGUUAUAUUGAGAGUGCGCGCGACGCCCGCCUCCAGAGCAGCCUGAGCGACGCCGUCAUCGGCGACCCGUCCGACGUGCUACGAUCCAGAAUCGCGAAGGCAGCCCUGCAGGAAAUCAAAGCGAGCUCCGCCUUCGCCGGCACCGCGCUAUAUGAAGCAUGUCGACACGGCCGUGCGGACGUCGUCGAAAUGCUCCUCCACGCCGGGGCCGACAUGAGCGUGACCAACUCGUUCGGACGCACGCCGAUCGACAAGGCCAUCAAAUAUGGCCAGCUGCAUUGCAUCAAGGUGCUGUUCAAGCACGACGUAGACCCGGAGAGGAGGCUGACAAGCGACGGCCAUAUGUGGGAGUUCGCGUGCAAGCGGCACCACUUAGAUAUCGCUCUCGCGCUCGUCGAGGCCGCGAACGUGGAUAAGUCGUCUGAUUAUCUGCAGAAAGCGCUGGAUGGUGAGGCUAUGGAUGAUAAGGUUGCUAUCACUAGAAGGCUUGUUGAGGCGGGUGCGUCGAUGCACCGGAAGGUGGAGGCGUACCCGGCCCGAGAUCGUGAUGAAAGUCGGAAGGCGAUGGAGAUAUUGGAGUACUUUUCUACGCUAGACGUUGAUCAGCCUUCAUCUGUCUAA